GUCACAAUAUAACCAAAAAAUUUGUUGUGCAAUUUGUUUUCAUUUUUGUUGCCGUCUUUAUUCCCGAUUUAUCGAAAUGGCAGCAAUAAUUACACAUUUGCUUCGACGAGCACCAACACUGUAUCCGACUAGAGUUAUUGUGUUCAACUACAGACGAAGUCACCAAAUCGAAAGCAAUGUUUCAUCUCUUCAAAAUACGGAGCGCUCAGCUGAAAACACCAGCGAAACAUCCAAUGCAAAGCCGGUUAACCUGACAAAACUGAUGGACUACCUAUCUCUGGAUGCCAGUAACCUGCAGCGUGUCAAUUACAAACUAUUGCAUAAUGUCAUCAACUCAGCUGUGAAAGAGUAUGUGUCGCCAAGUGAAGGCGCUUUCCUAUUGGAAUGUUGCACAAUGCUGCCCGACAUGGACAAGCAGGACAAAUCGAAACUCAUCGACACCAUUUGGAAUGAAGGAAUUUUGAAAAGCGGCCAACCAAGUAAGGAGCAAAUUAUCGCACUGUUACGUGCGUACAAAGUCAUCGGUCGAACCAUUGAGGAUUUCAAUGCAUUCUUAACUCAACAUAAUUGUGAUGGAGAUGUGGAAGUGUACGAAGAGUUUCUGCAUUUGGUGUGCGAAAAUGGGACAGAUUGCGAUGGAAUCGUCAAAGUGUUAUCGGACAUAAAGAACCGAGGGUUUCCGUUGACAGAGAAUCUAUUCAAUGCGCUGAUAUUGGGUCAUUCACAGAAUAAGAGUGUGGUGAACUGUGAAAAGGUCUUAGAGACCAUGGUGUCGGCCAAUCUACCUCCUUCAUCUGAAACGUAUACGUAUCUGUUACGAGCCUACAUAGAAAAUGGCGACGUCGCGAAGGCUACCAAAGUACUGUCUGAGCAUGGCGGUACAUUCAGUCAAGAGCAAUCAUUCUUAAUAAUCAGAACGGCAGCCGUUAAUGACUGCAUUGAUUUGGUACGAAAAGCAAUGAAACUAUUGCCAGUCGACACGUUACUUAAUAAGAACGUGGUUCCUGGACUCCGUAACAUUUGCACCGAACUUAUAAACAUGGACAAAGUUGAGGUGGCUUACUCCAUCAUCGACAAUUUACAAAAAAUCAAAUUCACCGACGGCGAGAGUACAGAUUCGUUUGGCAUGUUCUUCAUCAACGAAAUGGUUCGUCACAAUGAUGACUGGCGGAAAAUUAUUCAAAUCGCUCAGAGACUCGUCGACUCAGACCGCAACAAACGAGCAGUGCACUGUUGCUGCGAAUUGAUGUUAAGAUCAAAUUCACCGAAUUCGUUGGAUUGCCUCAAAUAUCUGAAUGGAAUAGAGCCACUGCGCCCGCAUUACUUUUGGCCAAUAUUUCUACAGCAACACCGUGUGAGCGGAGAGACUGGCAUACUGAUUGUGUUGAAGGAAAUGAAAAACCUGAACGUUCCGGUAGAUGAAGAAACACUCAUUCACUACGUGCUGCCGAAGCUUAAGAUUACCAUGAAAAACGCAAAACAAGGACUCAAAACACUUUGCGACGAAGGUGUUCCCAUUAAUGUGCUACUGACCCCAGCCUUGUGCCAGUUACUUUACCAAUUAGAAGUGAACGGAGCUUUAGAUAUAUUGAGGGCACACAAGACGAAAGUUGACGGUGACCAACUUCUCGGCUUUUUGAUUUCGACUGUAAGGAAAUUAAACGCAAAAUCUCCGAUCACUGCGUUCGCCCAAUUGGUUCACACAAUCAGAACGAGAAUGCAAAAAGAUGAUUGUGACUUGGUCGGGCGAAUAUUGAUCGAAUCUAUUGCCAGGAACGGCAGGACUAUCGAUGCAUCGGUAUUUGUAUCACUUUUGAAUGAGUUCCACGCAAUCGGAAUUAAAAUUCCCACCGUCACAUACGAUCAGUUGCUAGUGCAUGUCCGAAAUAAUCUACCAGUUGAGUCCCAUAAGAAGGCUACGGUGCUGCUGCAAAAAAUGUUAGACAAAACAAUUGAAACGCCACCGGCGCAAACCGGCAUGGUGAAACAUCCUCGAGAUAUGACUGUAGCCGAACUGGAAUGCCAUUUGAUUGAACUGCAAUCGAAGAAUUUGAAUUGUCGGGGUGUUCUUCGACGACUGCUGCAACUACUGGUGCGUACGGGAAAAUACGACCGAGCACUGGAAGUCAAUCAAUUGUGCAAAGAGAAUAAAGUCGAAUGCAGUCCGGGGAUGUUAGGCAGUGUAAUGGAGUUGAUGGUUCACACAAAGAAUUUAAGCGAAGCUGAGAAAACUUUCAAACAGCUGAAGAAAAUGCAUCCCUCGUUUCCCAUUGACGAAUUCAAAGUAAUCGAUUUGGCUUCGUUGAUGAUCGAAAAUGAGCGCAUCGAACCGGCGAGGAAAAUUUUACAAGAUCGUGCUAAGUCAAACCUUAAAGGUGGCACACAUUGCCAUAAGAACAUUUGGGCUCUGCUGACGAAUGUAGCGACGGUCAGUGCAAAAACCGGUUCAUCAGUUAAUCAAUCCGACGAAUUCCUUCAAUUUCUCAUGAAGCUCGGCUACUGUAGCUUUCACAACACACUGGGAGGUCCGAUCAUCAAGGAAUACUUACUGAAAAAUGAAAUAUCCAAAGCGGUGACGGAAUUCGAAAAACUUGUCGCGAAAUAUAAGAAAACGCCGAUGCACUUUGAGUUGAUGACCACAUUGAUUGAACUGUCGAAUCGGGAGGAUGGCAACGGUCCAAUUUCACCAGUCGAAGCGAAAGAGAUGCUGGGCAAACUUGCACGAACUGUGGUGUCCGUACAUGGAACACGGAAUGCUAACGUAUCGUUGAUAGUCGCUGUGGCCAAAGCCGGUACUGAAGGUCAACUGCGCAAACUGCUAAUGGAUCCGAAAUUGGAUUUCAAUGCGGAAUUGCUGAUGAAACAAUGCGAAUAUCUCGGCUCAGUCAGUGCUGAAGCGACACUCUUCAAAUUGGCUAAAUGCAGUCGAGGCUUGAUGGGCCGUCUGUCCAGUGCGUUUAAGGAAGAAGAUUUGUAUAAUCUACUGUUGAAUGAAUACGUUAAGGAAAAUAAUUUCUCGGGCGCGUUGUCACUGUUCGAACGGAUGGCUGAAGACGAGGACAUCCGAUUGACAAAGGACUUCACGAGAAAAGUGGUCGAUUUGUUUGAGAAAAACAAUUUGGAAUUGCCGACAGUGUUGCAGAUGCACUUGAGGAGGUCGUAGACAUGAUGGUAUGAGUAUAUAGUUGAAAGAACGCUGCGUGGCUUAAAGUAUACAAAGAAUUUUUAAUUCGUCUAACUGUUACAAAACAAACGUUUUAAAAACAUCGUCCUAGCAAGUCCUAGCACGGCGAACGUUGUACACCGCCAAGUUGUAUCAUUAAAUUCGUUAUUUUAGAUGAUCGAAUAAAAAUAAUGUAAAAUGUU